AUGAAAAAUUCGGAAAAGCUUAAUUAUGCUAUCAUUUAUGAUAGAGAUUAUAAUUAUAACUAUUUUGGAUUUAAAACGCUUGAAAGAUCCUACCUUUUACGAACUAAUGGAAAAGUAGCUGAAAGGCCACAACACAUGCUUAUGCGCGUUUCUGUUGGUAUUCAUGGCGAAGACAUCGAUGCAGCAGUCGAAACCUACAAUCUAAUGUCUGAAAAAUAUUUCACACAUGCGUCACCUACUCUUUUUAAUGCUGGAACUCCACGACCUCAACUUUCAAGUUGUUUUCUUCUGACAAUGAAAGAUGAUUCCAUUGAAGGUGUCUACGAUACGUUGAAGACAUGUGCCAUGAUUUCGAAAACGGCUGGCGGUAUUGGCUUGAACAUCCAUAAUGUUCGAGCCUCUGGAUCCUACAUUGCGGGAACUAAUGGUUACUCGAAUGGUAUCAUUCCUAUGCUUCGUGUUUAUAAUAAUACUGCACGAUACGUUGAUCAAGGAGGAAAUAAACGCCCCGGCGCGUUUGCUAUUUAUUUGGAAACAUGGCAUCCAGAUAUUUUCGAUUUUUUAGAUUUAAAGAAGAAUACCGGUAAGGAGGAGAGUCGGGCACGAGAUUUAUUCUAUGCGCUUUGGAUUUCCGAUUUAUUUAUGAAACGGGUCGAAUCUGAUGAUAUUUGGAGUUUUUUUGAUCCACCAGAGGCACCUGGACUUAUGGACGUGUGGGGAGAUGAAUUUGAGAAAUUAUAUGAAGAUUACGAACGCCGAGGCCUGGCACGAAAAGUCAUUAAAGCCCAAAAAUUAUGGACCGCAAUAUUAGAAUCUCAAGUCGAAACUGGUACUCCAUACAUGCUCUAUAAAGAUUCUUGCAACCGUAAAUCUAAUCAACAGAACCUCGGAACGAUCAAAUGUAGCAAUUUAUGCACUGAGAUUGUUGAAUACUCUAGCCCUGAUGAGGUGGCCGUGUGUAAUUUAGCAAGCGUAGCUUUACCAAUGUUUGUUAAGAAUAAAGAUACGUAUGAUUUCGAACAUUUGCAUGAGGUCACAAAAGUUAUAACUCGCAACUUAAACAAAAUUAUUGAUAUUAAUUAUUAUCCUGUUGAAGAAGCGCGCAGAUCUAAUUUUCGGCAUCGUCCGAUUGGCAUUGGUGUUCAAGGGCUGGCAGAUACUUUUCUUUCCAUGCGCAUUCCGUUUGACUCGCCACGUGCUAGGGAAUUGAAUAAGCAGAUAUUUGAAACAAUGUAUCAUGGUGCCUUGGAGGCAUCAUGCGAACUCGCUUGUAAUUAUGGUCCAUAUGAAACGUAUCAAGGAUCCCCAGUAUCGCAAGGAAUUUUACAAUAUGAUAUGUGGAAUGUUAUUCCAACAGAUUUAUGGGAUUGGAAUUCAUUGAAACAAAAAAUUGCACAGUAUGGUGUUCGUAAUUCAUUAUUAUUAGCACCGAUGCCCACUGCUUCAACCUCUCAAAUCUUGGGAUUUAAUGAAUGUUUCGAACCUUACACAAGUAACAUUUACACACGGCGUGUUCUCGCUGGAGAAUUUCAAGUUGUAAACCCUUGGCUAUUAAAGGAUUUGGUUGACUUGGGCUUAUGGAGUGAUCAGAUGAAAAAUAAGAUCAUUUCAGACAACGGAAGUGUUCAAAAAGUUCCUGGUAUCCCUGAAGAACUUAAAGCCAUGUACAAAACAACGUGGGAAUUGUCGCAAAAAGUAAUCAUUGAUAUGGCAGCUGACCGAGGUGCAUUCAUUGAUCAAUCUCAAAGUCUCAACAUACACAUGGGGGAACCAACUAUAGCCAAAUUGACUAGCAUGCAUUUUUAUGGUUGGAAAAAAGGCCUAAAAACUGGAAUGUAUUAUCUUCGAACAAAAUCAGCAGCAGAUGCUAUUAAGUUCACUGUUGACCAGCUUUCACUUAAGGAAGUUGAAACGGCUGAAGAAUCUGAGAAUACUAGAAAUAAAAAGGCAUCUAUUCUAGCUAUUGCGUGUUCAAUUGAGAAUAAAGAGGAUUGUGUUAUGUGUAGUGGCUAG